UCCGUUGUGUCAGUGUACUGACUUUUGCAUCAUUCUCAAUAAAAACUUGUUCUGUCUUAUUUUUUUUAAACAAUAGGAAAUUCAUACCUUUCUUUUCACCUCUGCCUCUGACGAAGAUAUGAUCAUGGAUUGGGAUUUCUGCCUCUUUUUGUACCUGUUUUGUGGACUUCCGUCAGUACUGACAUUCAACAUCGAUCCUGUGACCUGGAAAUACUUCACAAGAAAAAAUGCUGUUAGCUUUGGCUAUAGAGUGAUACAAAGAGAUACAUUUAGUUUGCUUGUGAGUGAUCCCUUAGCACAAAACAGCCAUAACACAAGAGGACAGGUUUAUAGCUGUGCCAUUUCAGAGGAAACUUGCCUGCCCGUCACAAUUAAUGUUCCUUCUGAAGCUGUUAACAUGUCUCUUGGACUGUCUAUGACUAAAGAUGCACUAUCUUCAAAUUCAGUGGUUUGUGGUCCAACCAUUCCUAAGGACUGCAAAGUACUUACAACCCUCAAUGGUAUGUGCUUUAUCAUCAGCGGGAACGAUGCAGUGAGUGCACCUAUACCAAGUGCUUUGAGAAGCUGCCCUCUAGAAAUAGACAUGACUUUUCUAAUGGAUGGCUCUGGCAGUGUAGAAGACGUAGACUUUGUUAAAAUGAAAACCUUUGUCAUGACAAUAAUUCAGAGUUUUUCCAACUGCAAUUCUCAGUUUGCUGUUGCACAGUUUUCCACUGGUUUUGAAGUUCACUCCAAGUUUGAAGCAGCCAAUGACAUUGAUUCAUGGAGGAAAAGAAUAGGGGAUAUAGAACAGCAAAAAGGAUUUACCUACACUGCAAAGGCUAUUAAUAGACUUGUGGAUGAGCUCUUCAUUACUGAAGGAGGGGCAAGGCAAUCAGCAAUUAAAAUCCUAAUUGUUAUUACUGAUGGUAGAUCAAAUGAUGAACCUAAUCUCAGAGGUGCUGUGGAAAAGGCGGAAAAGAAGAAUAUUAUCCGUUUUGCUAUUGGCAUUGGUGAAGCUUUUGACGAUUCCCAUGCAAAGCAGCAGUUACAUGUUUUAGCGUCUGCUCCUGUUGCUAAACAUGUGUUUAAUGUGACUGACUUUGACGCAUUGGACAGCAUUCGAGAACAACUGGAAGAAAACAUUGCUAUUGAAGGUGUCCAGUCCACUGGCGAUUCUGCUACAAUGGAGUUUGCUCAGGAUGGAUUUAGUGCAGUGUUUAAAUCCAAUGUAAGCCUGAUCGUGAGUUCUGUGGGAGCUUUCCAGGGAAAGGGUGGAUAUCAGGAACACUAUCACAAUGGUCAUUUGUCAGACUUCCAAGUGGGAAAUGAGCAAGAUAGUUACUUAGGUUAUUCAAUGACAAUAGCAACAAGGUCUAAAAAAAAGCUUGUGAUUUUGGGAGCACCAAGAUACAGCUAUAAAGGGCAAGUGAGGAUUUCAGUAAUUGGAAAUAAUGCAACUAACCUGUUGGUGGAUUCACCUGAGCCUCAGAUUGGAUCGUACUUUGGAGCCGAGGUCUGUGUGGUUGAUCUGAACUCUGAUGCAAAAACAGAUCUUUUAUUAAUAUCUGCACCAACCUAUGUAGAACCUCGUUCUGAAGGCAGAGUUUUUGUGUACUUUUACUCUCGGCAGCCAUUUUUCACUUUUUCUGUGGUCCUGAUGGGAAUGGUAGGUCAGAGGGGUCGGUUUGGCUCUUCUCUGGCCAGUCCAGCAGAUCUGAAUGGUGAUGGUUUCAGGGAUGUGCUGAUUGGAGCUCCUUUAGAGGAGGAUGGACAGGGCAGCAUCUACGUCUUCAAUGGAGGAGUAGAGCAAAUAAAUCCCACAUAUUCACAGAGAAUUGCUGGUUCGUCUAUACGCUCAGAUUUACAGUUUUUUGGACAAGCUCUAAGUCAGUCCUCCUUAGAUCACAGUGGAGACAAUUUACCAGACAUUGCUGUUGGAUCAAAAGGAUCAGUUUUGCUUCUUAGAUCUAGACCCAUAGUGUUUUUGGAUGUGAAAGUAACCUACAGUCCAUCCAAAAUCUCAACCAGUCAAACGAACUGCAGCAAGCCACUGGAAAACACUUUGACAGUGUGCUUCAACAUGAGCGGAUACAAACAUGCUAUAACAGGUUUUCCCAAAUUUUACGGCAGACUUUUGUUAUUUAAAAAAAACUAUUUUAAUGCACAUAUCAUACAGUACUCAAUGACAUUUUCAGAUUUGGCUGUGAAUAUUAACUAUACCUUAAAGCUGGAUGCCAAGCGAUAUAGAAACCGAGCAUACUUCUUGCCCAAAAAUCGUGUCCUCAGUGAAGCUGUAAAUGUUACAUUAGAGGAAGUGUGCAAAGACCACCCAUUCCUCAUAGAGGUUUGUACAGAGGAUUAUCUCAACCCACUGCUUAAUGAAUUAAUGUUCACCUUUGAGGGUCUGCCCUCCCAAAGUAUGGAGAACUUACAGCCUGUUCUCUUACCAUGGGUGAAGAACACUACGUUGUGGAUGUUAGAUUAUGAGAUGAACUGUGGAUCAGACAACCUUUGUGUUGACAACCUCAAAACGGACUUCAGCUUUGGAUCUGCUAACAUAGAGGUUGGAGUAAUGCAGGAGGUCAAUGUGACAGUGUUUGUAGAGAACAGAGGAGAAAACUCAUACAACACUCACUGCAUCCUCAACUACCCCUACGGACUUUCCUACAGGAGAACUGUGCCUCGAGUGGGCAGGGUGAAUUGCCGUUCUAUAGAUGGCAUGCAAGAAAUUUCAUCAGGGAAGACCAUCUGUGAGGUCAACAAACCUCUGUUCGCAGGAAACGCCUCUGCUGUGUUUGACAUUAUUUACAGUAUUAAUAAAGAAAGUAAUUUUGACCAAAAGUUGACAUUCCGUGCAACUGUUACCAGUGGCAAUACGAAUCACUCUGAAAACAGUGAACUGUUUAAAAUGAGGAACAUCAGUGUAAAACAUGCUAUCUAUGUUGCCAUGUUGAGACAUGCAGAUUCCAGCAUUUACAUCAGUUUCACUAGUGGGAAGAAUAAUCUUGAAAAACCAGUGAAACAAAUAUUGGAGGUAAAGAAUGAAUUUAAAGAGCUAAACUUAACAGUUUUCAUUAGAGUACCUGUAAAACUGGGAGCUGAAAACAUCUGGACUAAUAAAAACUUGCAGAUUCCAGAUUGCUUCAGAGACAGAGACGAGCAGCCCGCCUUCAGCAGUUUUCUAAACGUGCUCAAAAAGGAAAAGGUCUUGAAUUGCUCUGUGGCGGUUUGUGCAGUCUUCAGGUGUGACGUGAAUCUCUUGAGAAAUGAAAGGAAGUUCUAUAAUAUAUCCAGCAAUGUGAGCUCUGGAUGGAUUAAACAGAUUGGGGUUAGGUCUGCAUCUUUUCAGUUGGUCAGUAUAGCAUCUCUGGAUUAUGAUGAUAACAAAUAUGUUCACAUCUCAGAUUCACUGAGCUCUGUGCCAGUUUGUGAGGUGAACACUCAGGUGGAGGUCUAUGAGGAGCCCAGCAUCUUAAAGGAGGUUGUUGGAGGAGUUAUUGGAGGACUGCUGAUGAUCUCACUCCUCACAGCCGUCCUCUAUAAGUCCGGCUUUUUCAAAAGAAAGGCCAAGCAGCAGAUGAAGGAUUCUACACAAGACGCUGAAGAAGUGAAAAAUUUAAAUAAAAAUUAAUGUAGAAUGGA